AUGGAGCUGCUCCUCGGUUUCUUCAUCGUCCGACAGCCCAUACUCUCUCACAUAUACGAUACCUACACAAAUCCUCGUUCACAUCAAACCUCUCAAUACCAACUGCCGUCGAGCUUCCUCCCUUUUCCCAAGAUGCAGUUCUUCACGACAGUCAUGGCCACAUUGAUGCUUGGCGGCGCUCUGCUUCCAACUGCUUUUGCUGCCAAAUACCCCUGCGAGGUCGGCAACAGCCGCAAUCGAGGUGAAUCCUGCUCGAACGAAGGCUGGUACGGAUGCAGCAACAAUUUGAAGCAUACUGUAAGUCACCCUUCCCGAUAUCUUUGA